AAAAAAAAAAAAGGUUCGUCUGGUUCCCACCGAAAAGAAAAACCCUUCUUAAUAACCUAACCUAACCAAUUCUCUCUUUCUCUUCUUUUCUUCAUUUUUCUUUCUUGGGUUUUCUUCUUCUCCCUCGUCUUUAUAAGUUUUUGGUUAUUUAUAAAACCAGACAAACAAACAUGGAUGCUUUAGACACAGCGGCUGGUUUCAUGGACGACUUGCUUGACUUCUCCUCUGACAUAGGCGAGGAAGAAGACGACGACGACAUGAUGAUGAAGACGAAUAAAAGACCUAGAAAAGCUUUGUCUACCCUUAAACAUAACGCUACCACCACCACCUUCGACGUUUUCGACUCAUUUCCUCCUAGCCCUUCACCGUUCCCUGAAUUUGCAGAGGAAGAACUGGAAUGGCUAUCGAACACUGACGCUUUCCCGACAGUUGAUACAUUGGGAGACAUUCUUUUAAAUCCCAUUUCGAGUGUGAACCAUCAAAGUCCGGUUUCGGUUCUUGAAAACAGCAACAGUAGCCACAGUACAACCACCAGUACGAACUCCAACGGCAGCACGGUGACCAACAAUAACAAUGGGAAUAACAUAAUGAACUGCUGCGGUAGCCUCCGUGUGCCGGUGCGUGCACGGAGCAAGCGGCCUCGCACUCGGCGGAGGGACUUGCAGAGCCAGGAGUCCUGGUGGGUGGUGCAAGAGAACGUGAAAGGUGUGAAAUCGGUUGCGGUUGUUUCCAAAGUGUGUAUUGGGAGGAAAUGUCAACAUUGUGGGGCUGAAAAGACCCCGCAAUGGAGGGCCGGUCCAAUGGGCCCCAAAACGCUGUGUAACGCUUGUGGGGUGAGGUAUAAGUCCGGAAGGCUUGUGCCAGAGUACCGGCCGGCUAGUAGCCCCACGUUUUCAAGUGAAUUGCAUUCGAAUUCUCACCGGAAGGUAAUGGAAAUGAGGAGGCAGAAGAUGAUGAGUAUGGAUAUUGGGAUUGUUGGAAUGGGGAUAGUUAAUUAGGUUAAAAGGUAGUUUUUUUUUUUUGUGGGUUUUUUUUCCUUCAUUUAUAAUUCAGCAUAGUUAGUGAAUAGGUUUAUGGUGAAAUGGGUUAUUAUAUUAAGUGGGAUUUAGUUACAGUUCAUUUGUUUGACGAUAAUCAAUCAAAAGAAUUUUGUUUGCAGUGUGUUUGAUUGUUGGUUGUGUUUUUUUAGAACAGAAGGAAGAUAGUGGGAAAUUUGUUAAGUCCAAUUCGGAUGAGUUCUUUAGUUUGUAUGUUUGGACUAUAGAUGAUGAUUAAGUGUUCUUGGAGGAUUGUGGAUUGCAGGAAUGAUGGUUUUGGUGAUUUGAUGAUUUGAUUGGUUGUGAAUUGUGAUGUUUGAACGAAUGUUCUAAGAAGGCUAACUCAUUUGUGAAGGGUAGAGGAGGAGCUGCAAUUGAUGAUGAGCUGUAACACAACUUAGGAUUAGAUAUUUUAGAGAAUAUUGUAAUUUUAUGUUUCUUCUGACUUGUUUCUGCAAUCCUUUAAGCUAGUUUUUCAUAGUGUCUUUACAUUCUCUUGUUUUUUGGCUUGUAAUUAUGUGUUGUUGAAUAUUUAUUUGUUUGAUCUCUUUGAGAA